UCCACAAGGGGUAGUACCAUUUUGUUACUCAGCAAGUGUUGGGCCUAAUAAUGUCCCUUUAAACUAACAGAAUCUUUUCAUUUUCCCUCAGCGAACAGCUGAAUUCGGACGCCUCUCCGAAAUUUAUAAGGUGAGUAGGAAAGAGGGUGACAUACAUGACCAACACCCUGUAGGGACUGCUAGAGCAUGGAAUUUGGGUGUUGGUUUGGUGAUACCCCCCCAGUUUUAUGAACCUCACACCUGCCAAUUGCCUCUGUCUCUCAUGUGUUUCUCAUGCCCCUCCUUCCCAAAAGUCCCUCUCCUUCCUAUCUGCCCCCAUUGUAGUUAAUACAUAUUUUUUACCUCGUGGAAUAUUAUGUUAUCAAUAAAAUCCCCUGUUAAUUCUAUUUAUCUGUUUUUCCCAGCCUCCUGAUGGUCGGCUGACCAAGGAGAUGCAAAUCGGAGAGGGCGGCACUGGAGCCGUGUUCAUGGUAAGGGACCAACCAAAUUCCUAGAGAGCAGGGGGAGCUGAAAGCAAGUUGAAAGUGCUAUCACUAUCCCUGCUAUGCACAUGAUUACAUUCCUUAAUAACUCAAUAUUUCUGUCAGUUUGUUCCCAAUAUGAGUCUUGAUAUUUCCAGCUAAUACUGAAUGUCAGUUACACCUUUCUGUGUGUGUUACAGGGCCAUCACCAUCGCAGAGGUAAGGUAGCCGUCAAGAUGGCCAACAUCACUCGGGAUGAGGAGUCAGUCUGCCGAGAGGUAAGCUUUCUCCUGAAGUUCAGCAGGCACAGGAACAUCGCCUCUUACUAUGGAGCUUAUUACCACCCUGCUCCAAACGAGGAGUCAUCGGAGUAUCUGGAGCUUGUCCUUGAGUACUGCAGCGGCGGCUCCCUGUACGACCUGAUCGACAGCACCGAAGGCCAAUCCCUGAAGGAGACCUGGAUUGGCUAUGUCUGCAGGGAGGUAUUGAAGGCUCUCAACCACAUUCACCACCACCGGGCCGUUCACAGGGACAUCAAGAGCCCCAACGUGAUGCUCACCGAGAAGGGGAACAUCAAACUCAGUGAGUAAAACUUAUAGUUGUAAGAUGAAUGGAUGGGGGGAAGCUUCUGUGGAUAUAAAGUACAGAGGGUAUCAUGAUACAGGUUUCUAUCUU